GGGGCGGCAGUGGAGCGCUGGGCCGGGAGAGGGCUGCACGGGUUGGAAGCUUCGGCAGAGUCGUUGUCUGUCGGCAUCGUGGAGGAAGGACCUGCCCGGAGAAGAGACGGAAGAGAGGAGGGGAGGGCCGACUGCCCUUUUUUUACUCCAGUCUCCGCUUUAGCCGCUGUCCCUGUGUUCUCCCGUCCCUUGCUUGUAGCGCAGUUCCCCCGUCCCAUCGCUUUUCACCUGCCGCAGGCAAAAGCAUCUUCUUGCCCAGUUUCCGAUCUCUGUUGCACACAGGCAGCCUCACAUGUUGCCCCGGUUCCCCAGAGCUCCACGUCUCCCGCUUCUUUUUCUCAUCCCUGUUUGGGUGUUAUGGCAGUGCCCUGACCACCCCACCUCCUGCCCGUCUCAGCACAUCAGCUCCUGCUUCAGGGGGAGCAUCGCCAGCUAGUGCUGUAUAUCAGGAACAGGUUCUGCACCACAGGGCGGUGGGCAUGGCACGGGCUGCCCAGGGUGAUGGGCAUGGGCCCCAUGUGCCGGAGUUCAGGGAGUGCUUGGACACCACUUUCAGACACAGGGUCUGGAUUUUGGGUGGUCAUGUGUGGAGUCCGGAGUUGGACACAGUAAUCCUUGUGGGUCCCUUCCAUGCAUGGGAUAUUCACACCUUGCUCUGAAUGGCAGCUUCAUGCCUUGGUGCCCGGGGUGACCAUGCAGAGAACGCUCAGCGACAGCACUUCAGGAGCAGACUGCAGGACCCCAAGGAGCCUGAGAGAUGGAGCUCUACGCUGGGAUGACUCCUACAGCCUCCACAAUCUGAUGGAGCCACAGGACAACUAUGGAGGAGGAUUCCUGAUUGGUGAACCUGACAUAACCUGCCCAGAUGGACCAAGGAGAAAAUCAAGAUCAUAAGGCCUCAAAGGACAUGGGUGCUGAGAUUGAUCCCUUUCUGAAUCUCUUUGCAAGCACAGAUCUGCAGGACUUGUUGGCAGCAGAAUCCGUAGGAGAAGAGGAACAGCUGGAGAACGGCGAUGGAAGUCAACGUGGUUCCACAGAGGCAUUGCGAGGUGACCGCAGGGAGGCAGAGGAGGUUAAGCUGCCUUGCUCUGCUAUCAGCCUGGUGAAAAGACAAGAGAGAAGGGUGGCAGCCCCACGGCGAGCCCCUCGUGCAGAACGGCCCACCAUCUGCUCCGAGUGUGGCAAGGGCUUCAGCCGGAGCAUCCACCUCAUCCAGCACCAGCGAAUGCACACCGGGGAGCGCCCGUUCCUGUGUGGGGAGUGUGGCAAGGGCUUCAGCCAGAGCUCCCACCUCAUCCAGCACCGGCGGGUCCAUACUGGCCAGAAACCUUAUACUUGUGCAGAGUGUGGAAAGAGCUUCAGCCAGAGUUCGAACCUCCUGAAGCACCAGCGCAUCCACACCGGGCUCAAACCCUACGUGUGCAGCGAGUGUGGGAAGAUCUUCAGCGACAGCUCGACCUGCAUCAAACACCAGCGUAUGCACACAGGCGAGCGGCCCUACAAGUGCUCAGCCUGUGGGAAAAGCUUCAGCCAGCACUCCCACCUCCUUCAGCACCAGCAGGCCCACAGCGGUGUCCGGCCUUACUCUUGCAGUCAGUGUGGCAAACGCUUUGGGCAGAGCUCCGACCUCAUUAACCACGCUCGUACCCACACCGGUGAGAAGCCUUACAAAUGCAGCCAGUGUGGCCGGGGCUUCAGUGGCAACUCCAACCUCAUCAAGCACACCCGCAUCCACACGGGUGAGCAGCCGUACCGCUGCAGCCAGUGCGGAGCAAGCUUUCGUUUCCAGCCCCAGCUGGUGCGCCACCAAAAGCACCAUACAGGGUAGUUGGCCACGUGGAUGAUGGCCCAUGGACCUGGUGCUGUUGCAUGCUUCAUAUGGGCUGUGAACUGGGGGCAGGGAGUCCUCAGAGCCUGUGCCCUUCUGGGUAAAUCGGUUGUGAGCGCUGCCUAGGCACUCAGCCUGCACUGAAUGAACUAGUGCAGGUUCUCUGCGUGGGGUGGCUGUUCUCAGCCCCUCUUUCAGGGAUGAGGAAAAAAAGGUACUUACCGUAUGGUAUUUCCAAGACCAGGAGGGAGAACAUAGAGACGUUCCAAGGAUUAGUGCCUUCUUUUGUUAUUCUUAGAGGGUUGUGAUUUUUGUCCUAAAAUCUGUUUUCUGUAAAAAUUGCCUGGGUUUUGCCUUUGUUGUAAAGCCAUAGCUUAGCAUGAUUGCUCCCCUCAGAAUCCACAUCUCCCACUUGACAGUUUUCUUGGGUUUAGGUGGUGUUAGCUAUUUAUUUCAAACCCCUGCAACACAGAGUUGGAUGCCUCUGAGUAUAUGUCACAGGCCCAGCCAUCCUCUGUGUGGGCCAUGUCUGUGGAACUGUGUUCCUGCUGGGUUGGAGAGCUGUUAAAUUGGCAGGUUCUCAGAUGAUGAUGCUGUUUGACAGCUUUGUCCUCAGCAGCAAUUAAAUAAAUUAACAUCCUAAUAGGUACUUCUCUCAGAUUCUUGUUUAGGCGCUUUUGUGGGUGGCACUUUAUGAAUGUUUUUAUAAGGCUUCUAAAAGUAUUUAGGAUGACUUUUUUAAUUGUGAUUUUUAAUUGACAGUUGAUGAAAAGAAAGAGGAUGAUGUUUCAAAAUAAGCAAUGUCAAACCGAUUUUGUAUUCAGUGUUAAACAUCUUUUCUUGCAUAAAAGUUUUUAACUCUAACACGGCCUUUGAGUUGUUAAUGAUUCAAAGAGGUGAUGUUGACAUCCAUUUCUAGAGUUCCCAUGAAUUUUUGCAGGUGGUUUUGACAUCUUCUUUAGUAAUGACUGUCUAAGGAAUAUGGGGGAGGAAGAAUUCUGAGAAAGCAGAAUGAACUGACCUCUGAAGAGAUCUUCACUUUGAGGAGGAAAAUGCUACUGCUGGGAGUCUGUCCUUACAAGGAAAUUUAGCUCAAACGACUGCUUGGUACGGAGGAGGAGAGAACUGGCAGUAAUAACAAAUAUGUUAAUAUCUCUAGCGCGGAAGAACUCCCUGUAAUGAACGUAGCAAUAUAUACUGAAAUGCCUGUUCCACCCACGGAGCCAAACAGUUGAAGAAAUCAGAGUGUGCUUUAGCAAGAAAACGAAUUGCUUGAAUCUGUUGCUCUGUAGAAUUUCUAUUUUCAGUAUUGUUUAUCAGCCUAAUGCUAGCAAUGAGCAUUCUCAUGAAGAUGAGCUUCGAAAUAGCAGAUAUCAGUAAGGAUCAAAAGAAGGUCCAGCUUGAAAAGCAUGGGAUCUUGAAAGAAGCAAGCUCUGAACAGCAGCAUUGUGAUUGACUGAGUAAUGUAGCACACCUUAACUUCCAGCUGCUCUCAUGCAGGGCUCAGCUUCGUGCUCCACUGGCAAUAGAGCUGGUUUAAAUUGUUUGCCCUCACUCUGCUCCCACUCUCUCCCAGGAGCCUGAAUUAAUAAAUCUGUACUGGUUAAUUGUU